AUGGCAGGCUCCAAGUCAACGCCCACGACCCCUCCCAACGAGCCUGAAUACGCAGGGUUCUUCAAGUGGGCUGUUCGCCUCCUUGUCCUCCUCACUGCCCUUGCAACCUACUCCACGCUGGACCAGAUCAAGGACAGGUGGUAUGUCUUUGAACCAGGCUACCUUCACGACCUCGCCAAGAAUGCCGUCGCGGCCCACCCUGACGACAUCAACGCAAUGAUCCCCUUCAUCGUGUCCAACCUCACCACCGAGUACCCCUCGUCCGUCGUGAAGAUCAACCCGGACUCGUCCGAGUGGGUGUUCAACAAUGCCGGCGGCGCCAUGGGUGCCAUGUACAUCAUCCACGCCAGCAUCACCGAGUACCUCAUCAUCUUCGGCACCCCCGUCGGCACCGAGGGUCACAGCGGCGUGCACACCGCGGACGACUACUUCAACAUCCUCGUUGGCGAGCAGUGGGCCUUCAACCCGCCGUCGCUCGAGCGGGAGGUCUACACGCCGGGCGACGUGCACCACCUCCCCCGCGGACACGUGAAGCAGUACAAGAUGCACCAGGGGUGCUUUGCGAUGGAGUAUGCCCGUGGAUGGAUCCCACCUAUGCUCCCUUUCGGCCUCGCGGACAUGCUCUCGUCCACGCUCGACUACUACUCGUUCGGCCGCACCGCCUGGAUUACCGGGCGGGAGAUGCUCGGCAACCUGCUCAUCGGCAAGAUCUAG